AUGCUAAUUCCGUCCGAAAGAAUACAGGCACUUACAAACUUUGCAGACCCAACAAUUGAGCUAAACGAUUCCGUUUCAAAAGCUACAAAGGUCGAAUCACGGAAUAUAUUACCAUAUAUACAACCAGACCUCGAUUAUCUGGUUCGGCUCAAUCUCGAGGCCAUUUGUCGCUAUGAAAAGCAAUUUCAUGUUCUAAAAUACAACUUCCAGAUUGGGUGCAAGAAGAUUGUGGACGAAAUGAUCAUCAACUGUGAUCUGAGGUACAUUUAUGUCGAGAAGAACUCUUGGGUGCCAUAUAACUUGCGAUACUGGGUUCCGCCUAUUUUGGUGGAUAUAUUCAAGACAGUGGAAGUUGAUUGGCCACUUGUGUACAUGUCAGGGUCGGAAAUCAUAGAUUUGAUGCAAAAGCUGACCCCAGUAUUUGAGUUCAUUGAGAAUAUUCCUAUAAUCAUCGAUUCGAGGCACACAACCAUUGAUUUCGUGGUGGAGUGGGACGGAAUUCGUUUCUACAUGACUAAUUACUACUUAACGAGUCUUUUUGUAGGAGCUGGCGGGUUCUGGCUCUUAACUUCGUGGGUAUGUUUACUUACUAGUCUCGUUUUUCUGAGCUACAUUCUCCGUGAUACGGAAGAGAAAACCAGCGUUAAAACAAUCGACAGGAAGGUCGAUAGGGAGGUAAAUACGAAGUAA